UCCGAUAUUAGUUUUUAGACACCAUUUUGUACAGGCUUUCAAACCGUCGUCUGCUUUCACAAGCAAAGUAGAAAAGUAGAAGACCGCAAUCAUGAAUCUUCCGCCGGAUAUGGGUCUCGAGGAAUAUUUUAAGAACACUUUUGAAAAGAAGCUUCUUCUCUACAUGCCGCAGCAAGAGAAGGAGCACAUGACAGCCUCCACGCAGAUCCUGGAGAAGCGGCGAGAGCUGGAGGAGGUCGAGAAGGCGCGCAAGGCCGAGAAAGAGGAAUUCAGGAUGAAGAUGGAGAGUCUGGCUUCAAGACGAGAGGAGACUGAAAUUCGCGAGAAUCAGCUGAAAGAGUCCCUCAUGAAGUUCGACACUUUUAUCAAAGAAAACGAUGCAAAACUCAUUCGAGCAAGAAACAAGGCCCUAUUUGAAAGGGAGGAGAUAUGUUAUAAAAAUCAAGAACUCAUCAGGUUAAGAGAGGAGAAGGCGGAGCUAACCCACAGGCUGAAGGUGCUGGAGCGGAGCGUGAAACGCCUGAACGUCUUCUACGACUACCUGCGGCAGGUGAUGGCACAGGGCGGGGGCUACGAGGAACCGCGCAGCAUCAUAACGCGGCACCAGACGCUCACCAGCCUCCUGCAGGGGCUGCGAAACACCAACAGGGUGCGGGGGGCGAUGCUGGAGACCACGCGCCAGAACGUGCUCAAGCUGGGCAACGAGAUGGAGGACACCAUGAUGACACUGCGCAACAAGAUCACCAACUUGCAGAAGGCGCUGGACCACGCCAAGAGCGAGGCGCUGCACCGGGAGGGCGAGUACUUCGACUUGCUCUCAGCCGCCACUGAGAAGUCCCGCCUCAUGGGCAUGGUCAUCCUGUCCACCCGGAACAUGUACUUGAUGGUCCUCUCCCGUAGGACCCAACGUCCUCCCGAGACCGACAACUUCUUGGAACAGAUGGAUGAGAUCCAUUACUAUCUUUUGGAUCUAGGAAACAUUGUGACAGAACUGCAAAGAGAGGAGCGGCUGGCGAAGGCGGUUCGUUAAGAAUAACAACAGCGACGAUACAAGAAGACAGCGGGCAGAUGAGGGGUGGAUCGUGCCAUGUGAUGACAUCAUGACAUCCUCAAACUCGGACACCGAGCACACACCUGUCACCUGUUACUCAUUUGUAUUAUUUUUGGUUUUCAUAAUGUGAUUGUGACGAGAAGGCAGCAUUUUGGAUCCGUGGCCCCGCGAGAAUAUUCAGAAACUUCCGAGAGAAAGAAUCAGACGAGUUAUAUAUUUAAGUAUUGAAAUUCGAGUAUUAUAAAAUAAACAAAAUAUUUUUAAUA